UACAACUUCCUUCACUCGUUUCCAUGGCUUGAUAUUUAAUUAAUUACACUCAGGGACUACUUUCAUUUCGGUUAAUUUUACUAAUGCUGCUAUAAAAAUAUUAUGUUUUCUGUCUCUACUUGAGAUUUCGACGUUCUCUUUCCAUAUUCCAUGACCUCUGUAGAUUGUAGAUAAGCAUUUUCCUGUGAUAAGGAAAUCUGUCAAGUGAGGGAACUGGCAAAACUCCGAUGUGAAUUUCCGGUGUCGGCUGGCUUGCUCAUUCUUCUCCCAGCAUGGAGUGGACAGGCGCAGCAUGGCGUGUGUAUUCUCUAGCCGUGGUUUUGUCUAUGACCAGUGGUGAUGAUGUUUACGAUGACAUCUACAGUGAGCAAGUAAGCUGUUUGCCAAAUUUGGCUGACAAGUGUUUCAGUGAUGUAUACAUGAAUCUGGCUUGUCACCUUGAUCCUACAGCACCGAAAUAUUGUGAGAAGCGUGACGUGAAAGAUCUGUGCAGUGCCAGUUCAGAUGCCCUCUCUUGUGCUCAAGAUAUAAUUGAUACAUCAUGUAAACCAGAGGAAGGCAGAAAUGAAUUUGAUGCCUGGAUACAAGGACUCCAAGGAAUUUACAGCUCUAUCUGUGUAGACAAUUUUGACAAACUGAAAACAUUGCUAAAUACAGCUACAUGUUGGGACAGUUUAACAUUUCUUAAAUGUGUGGAAAGAGCGACAAAAAUUGGGCACAUUGUAGAUCUACUGCAUUCAAAACUGGACUUAAACAGAUGCAGCUAUUUAAUGAUUGCAAUGGCUACUUGCAAUGCAAAGGCAACGAAUCCAGGGCAGUCAUGUCAUUCAUCACAAGACAUCAUUAAUGAAGCUAUCCAUGCUUUCUUCACACGCACAAAAUGUGGGCAGUUGGAAUUUUGUUCCUUCAGCUCACACCCUAAACUUAAAGCAUCGAUUGCACUGGCAGUGGGCACAAUGUAUUUGAAACUUCACCUGACCUGAACACAACACAUCAAAUUCUUCAGUAUACUUCCGUGUGCUUUGUAAGUUUGCCCUCAUAAAAUCAUUGAAUCAUCCUAUGAACACAACUGUGAAAACUAAGAUUCAGAUUUUCUACUUGCCCAUCUGAAGAUUAUGGAUGUGCAUACACCAAUUUUUCAAGCCAAGGAUAACAAUGCAAGGAAUUCAUAUUCUCUCUCAAGUCCAAGAAACAGUUCUUGUAAUUAAGAAAAUAACUGAAUUUCUAUGAUACUAAUAUACAAUUUAACAUAUCUUAUUUUAAUGGGCACAGAAUAGAAGAAUAUCUUUGUAUCUUAAGAUGUAUUGAAUGUCUUGAUGCUAAUUAUGUUAUGGCCUCAUUAGAAUUAAUAGUUGCUAUGAAGCUGGAUGCACAGAAGUUGAAAACUAAUCAUGGUCAAGGGGUAAUAUUUGUGGUGUUAACAAGAGUUCACGUUUUAUUUUGAUGUGUUGAAAAAAUUAUAAACUGCUCACUGUUAUACCAACAGUGCCAAAAAUAUUGCUUAAUAUAAUUGCUAUGUGACCUGCACGUAAUUUCUUCAUACAGUAAAUUUUUGAUUAUCUGCUCUGUGCAUUAACUGAGUGAGAGUUUUGAAAGCCCUUAGUUCAUGAUUUCUCAGACAAGAUCAUGAUCCUCCCAGGGGGAUAGAGGAGGGUAACUAAAUUCUCAUGUAUUAUUCAAAAUGUUCUGUCAUUUUGUCCACAUUCAAUUUAAGUCAUGAAGUCAGAAAGAUUAUAGUAAAUAUGAUCUAAAAAUUUGUGACAAUGGUACAUUAGUACAAAUAUUAUUCAUUCAUUCAUUCAUUUAUUUCAUUUCCAUAAAUCCAUACAGAAUCAAGUUCCAUGAGAUGUGGAAAUAGUCAAGUUUGAAUCUUAACAUAGAUACAAGAAAAAUAUAGAAAAACAAGUUAUAGAAAUAAAUUCAAGAAUACAUAAAUUAAUAUAAUUACAUUUCAAAAUAACAAUUAGUAUAUAGUAAGCAAUCAUAUUUCUGCCAAGGCCCUUUAUAUAUAUUGUUAUGUUAAUUGUAAUAAUAAGUGAACAAUUAAUAAUUACUUUAGCAAAAUAAAAUCAUCUAUUAAAAAAUUCAUCAAGUGUGUAGAAGGAAUUAUUACUCAAAAAGUCCUUCAAUUUGACUUUAAAUUGAUUAGGUAUGGAAACAAUUUCUUUAAGAUUAUAAGGGAGUGCAUUAAAGAACUUCACCGCCAUGUGGGACACGCCCCUACCAUAUACAGCCAGAUUCACCUGGUUCAUAUGUAGAUCCAUUCUCCGUCUAGUUAAUAAAUCAUGAUAGUCAUUGUUUAGAGCAAACUUGUCUCUAUUUUUAACAAUGAACGUCAUCAGUAAGUAUACAUAUUUAGCUCUUAAAGGGAGUAUAUUUAAUUCCCUGAAACUUUCUACACAAUUGUUUAUAUCCACAACCAACCAUUAAUCGUAUAGCUCUUUUUUGCAUCCUAAAAACCUUUUCAGCAGAAGCUGAAUUACCCCAGAAUAUCAAGCCAUAGGACAUGACAGAAUGGAAAUAAGAGUUAUAAAUAAUUUUCAGGGUAGUAAUAGUCAUUAUGGGUUUCAUGUUCCUUAUCAUAUAACAAGCUGAACUCAGCCUAGUUAACAGCUCAUCAAUAUGUCUUUCCCAAUUCAUAGUUCUAGUAAUAGUUAUACCAAGGAAUUUAAGAUCGUAAGAGCUCGUGAUUUGUUUUGGAGAUAGGGAGAGAGGGACUAGCUCUAUUGAUUGGGCCCAACCAAGUAGGUUUUACCUGAAGAUGGAGACAGAAUCCAGUCUCCAAAAU